AAAGCAAAGUACAAAGACCCAUUUAUGACCAAAGAAAAGUACAAAGACCCAUCGGAACACAGAUUUUCUGUUAUUUUUAUACAGUGGGUUGGAUCAGUUCCCGCUUUCUGGGUUUCAGAGAGACGGAGAGACGAUGGAGGUUGCUGAUGGUGUUGACUCUCAGAGCAAAAUUCAGCAGAGGAGAAUGAGGAGGGUGGGAUUGUUAUACGACGAGAGGAUGUGUAAGCACUCUACACCCGACGGUGGUCCACAUCCAGAAAACCCUGAUCGAAUUAAGGUCAUCUGGAACAAGCUCCAAGCAGCUGCCAUUCCUCAGAGGUGUGUUAUUUUGGGUGCCAAAGAAGCAGAAGACAAACAUAUCUUGUCAGUUCACUCCAAAAACCAUGUUAAUCUGAUUAAGAAUAUAAGCUCCAAACAGUUUGAUUCACGAAGAAAUCGGGUUGCAUCAAAAUUUAAUUCCAUAUAUUUCAAUGAAGGAUCAUCUGAAGCAGCUUAUCUUGCUGCGGGCUCUGCCAUAGAGCCAGAAUUGGGCAUCAACAAAAUUUUAAUCGUUGAUUGGGACGUGCAUCAUGGUAAUGGUACUCAAAAGAUGUUCUGGAAGGAUCCUCGUGUUUUGUUCUUCUCUGUUCAUAGGCAUGAGUUUGGAAGCUUUUAUCCGGCUACUGAUGAUGGUUUCUAUACUAUGAUUGGAGAAGGACCAGGAGCAGGAUACAACAUUAAUGUCCCUUGGGAAAAUGGUCGGUGUGGGGAUGCAGACUAUUUUGCAGUUUGGGACCAUAUUUUGGUUCCUGUUGCCAAGGAAUUUAAUCCUGACUUAAUUAUAGUCUCUGCAGGAUUUGAUGCAGCUGCUGGUGAUCCCCUAGGGGGUUGUCGUGUCACGCCAUAUGGAUACGCAGUUAUGUUGAAGAAGUUGAUGGAUUUUGCCCAUGGUAAAAUCGUGUUGGCUUUAGAAGGAGGAUACAAUCUUGAGUCUGUAGCAAAUUCAGUUCUUGCUUGUGUUGAAGUUCUGCUGGAGGACGACCCUAUUCAUGGGUCUUCAGAGGCAUAUCCAUUUGAAUCUACAUGGAGUGUGAUACAAGCGGUUCGCCAGAAACUAAGUUCUUUCUGGCCAUCACUUGCAGAUGAAUUACCAGAGAAGCUAACCAAUAAAAAAGCGCCUCCAGCUGCUUAUAUUCUGACCUCAAGCUCUGAUUCUGAAGAGGAGGACUACGAAGCUCCAAAUGCCAUAUCUAAACAUCUUGAGGAGGUUCUUCAGGAUGUUAUAGAGCCACUUUCGAAGUUGAAAAUUAAUGAAAGUAUUCAGGAUCAUGCGGCAAGCAAUUCUAACACCUGGAGAUCAGAGCUUUCAAAGGUUGAUGUCUGGUACGCUACUUUUGGAUCAAAUCUGUGGUUGAAAAGAUUUCUUUGCUAUGUUGAAGGUGGACAGGUGGAAGGUAUGAAAAAGCCAUAUCUUGGUUCGGGGGAUAAAACUCCGCCAAAGGAGAUUAUGUGGAAGACUUUCCCUCAUCGCUUAUUCUUUGGUCGUGAAUUUUCACAUACAUGGGGACCUGGAGGGGUUGCAUUCCUUAAUCCUAAAAGCAACAUCCAGGAUAAGACUUAUAUGUGCCUGUAUAGAAUUACGCUUGAGCAGUUUAAUGAUGUACUGGUUCAGGAAAAUGUUGCAAGUUUUGCCACCAGCUCUCCUUUGUUUGACUUGGCUGCUUUAAACUCAGUCACAAGUGAAGAGCCUCAUUCUCUUCAGGUUCACACAGAGUUAAAGAGGUGUUGGUACGGUAAUGUCGUCUACUUGGGCAAGGAGAGUAAUAUUCCGAUACUGACUAUGACGUGUACACAAUCAGACAUGGAGGGCUUCAAAUCUGGAGAGCUUGCCUUGUGUGCUCCGGCCAAAAAUUAUGCCAACUCAAUAGUGAGAGGCCUGGUGGAAGGAAAACAGCUCUCACAGGAGGCGGCUAUGUCUUACAUACAAGAAGCUUCUACUAAACCAUUGUGAUGGAAACUUUUCAUCCUUGCAGUAUUUGUAAAUCUAGCACAGUAGUAUUAUUCCUGAUGCUGGAAACAUCAAUUUAUGGUCUCCUGGACAUGUUCUAUUCUUUGAUAUUGAUACCGUAGAUAGUACUUUGAAAUGGAUCAUAUUGGUGUCUCUCUGCCUUCCAAGCAGAUUAUCAAAUUAUGAUUAUCAUUUAUUUAUUAGUAACUUGGACAGA